GAGGGGUGAUGUGGGCUCUGAGCCGUGAAAUCUCUGGGUGCUGCCCCGCCACCCCGCCCCGGCGUCCGCCCUCCAGCAGCCUUUCACAGUUCCCCGCCCUAGGGUCACGGCCCUGCCACCCUUCAGAACCGCGGAGAAAGGAAGCCGGGAUUCCUUCUUGUCCUGAGCCUGCAGCCUGGGCUGAACUUUGGAACUCGGGUCCUGGCGAUUGGGCUCGGGAGGAAGCAGAUACCUGAUGAUGGCUCAGUCUACCAUGUCCCCCAAGUGUGAUGUAUUGAGUCAAGAUGAGCUGCGAAAAAAGCUGUACCAGACGUUUAAGGAUCGGGGUAUACUGGACACGCUUAAGACACAACUCAGAAACCAGCUAAUUCACGAAUUGAUGCAUCCUGUGUUGAGUGGAAAACUGCAGCCUCAGUCUAUUUCAGUGGAAGGGAGUGCUCUCUUAAUAGGUGCCUCUAACUCUCUAGUGGCAGAUCACUUACAGAGAUGUGGCUAUGAAUAUUCACUUUCUGUUUUCUUUCCAGAAAGUGGUUUAACAAAAGAAAAGGUAUAUACUAUGCAGGAUCUAUUACAACUCAUUAAAAUCAACCCCACGUCCAGUCUCUACAAAUCACUGGUCUCAGGAUUUGAUAAAGGAAACCAAAAAGGUUUUCUUAUUAAUUUCUUGAAAGAAUUGGCAGAAUAUCAUCAAGCUAAAGAGACUUGUGAUAUGGAAACUCAGACAAGUUCAACAUGUCCUAACAAAGACUCACUUGCUGAGAAGCUUCAGCUUAUUGAUGAUCAAUUUGCAGAUGCUCAUCCUCAGCAUCCAAAGCUAGAGUCUUUAGAAAUGAAGCUAAAUGAAUAUAAAAAAGAAAUAGAACAGCAACUUCGAGUAGAGAUGGGUCAAAAGUUGAAGUAUUUUAAAGAAACUGAAAUAGCAAAACUUAAAAUGGAUGAGAAAAGGAAGUACGAGAAGGAAUUAUCUGAGUUCCGAAACGAAUUUAAGAGGACUUAUCAUGCAAAAAAUGAAGCCCUCAUUUCUCGCGAAAAGAAUGCUCUUGAAAGAAUUCAGAAGCACCAGGAGACUGAAGCAAAAGAAAUUUAUGCUCAAAGGCAGCUUCUACUAAAAGAUAUAGAUCUGCUAAGAGGCAGAGAAGCAGAGCUGAAGCAAAAAGUUGAUGCUUUUGAAUUGACCCAGAAACUCCAAGAAGAAAAAAAUAAAAGUACUGCUGAAGCACUUAAGAGACGAGAACAGAAUAUAAAGAGUAUUGAAGAGAGCUAUGAUCAAAAGCUCAAGAAUGAACUUCUAAGGUAUCAACUUGAACUAAAGGAUGAAUACAUCAAUAGAACUAACAGACUGAUUGAAGAUGAAAGGAGGAAUAAAGAAAAAGCUAUUCAUUUGCAAGAGGAGCUCAUAGCUUUUAAUUCAAAGAAGGAAGAACUAAGUCAAUCUAUAAAUCGUAUAAAAGAACUUGAGCUUGAAUUAGAGUCUGUCAAAGCCCAGUUUUUGACAAUAACACAACAAAACCACUUGCUGAAUGAAAAGAUUAAAGAGAUGAAUGAUUACUCAGUACUAAAAGAAGAGAAGCUAGAACUUCAGGCACAAAAUAAAGUACUUAAACAACAACUGGAAGAGAAUAAGAAUGAAAAUUUGAAUCUCCUAAACCGCAUAGCUCAGCCGUCUCCUGAGCUUCUGGUUCUUCAGAAAGAAUUGAAGAAAGCAGAAAGUACUAUAGCACUUGAGCAUAAGGAGUUUGAAACUCAUAGACAAGUUCUGCAAAAACAGCUGCAAAGUGAAAUUGAACAUUCUGCACAGCUAAAGGCCCAGAUAUUAGAUUAUGAUGCUUCUGUAAAGAGGUUAAAUAUUCAAGUUGGUGAUUUAAAAUUGCAACUGAAACACACUCAGACAGCCCUGGAGAAUGAAGUGUACCGCAACCCAAAGCGGUCUCUGAGCCAUCGGUCUGUGAGUGGGCUAAUAAGUGGCAAAGUGGUGCCUCACAGUGGUGAUACAAGCAGGGAUUUCUCAAACAGCCCUCUUGGACAGGAGAAGGUUACGGCAGUUGCAGUUGUACCAAGAAUCACAGGUUAUCCAAAUAUAGGAAAAGAGGCUGGUUCCCCAGACUCUGACCUUGAGUUUGUGGCCAGUACAAAAGCCAGGGUAAAAGAGCUAGAGCAAGAGGCCGAACGCUUGGAGAAAGCUUUCAGAGAUUACCAUCGAAGAGUUCUUCGAAACCCGGUUAAGAGCCCACCACUAGCAAAGAGUCCACCGUCUUCACACUUACGGGGAACCCUCAAAACUAUCACUUCUAGCUCCCUGGAAAGAUGUGCUUUUACAGAAGACCGAGUUAUCCCUGAGCACCCAGAAAGACGGAUGUUGGCAGAGGACAGAGUUUUUUCUGGGCAGCCUCAGGUGGGCACACCUAACGAGGAAAAGAGUGCUGCCUCUGAGGCACAGACAGGCAGCACAGCUUCGCGGGCACGCAAGAGUACUUCUUCCAGACGUCUCUCCUCCACGCCCCUUCCAAAAGCAAGAAGAAGCCUCAAUAAUGAAAUGUAUUUGGAAGGUGUGGGCAAAUCACUUCUUGCUUCCCCCAAUUCUUGUCCUGACAGAAUGUCCCAGCCAUCACCCGUGGAAUCUGGGCAUAGCCUCUCUGCCCCUUCCUCCUCCAGCCCUCCAGAACAUAAGGCCAGUCUUCAUCAGAAACAGACUGAAAUUCAAGAAAAAAGUGAAUUUUCGAAUCUAGACAAGCUAGCUUUUAAGGAUAAUGAGGAAUUUGAAUCAUCUUUUGAAUAUGCAGGGAACAGGUCAAGACAGUUUGAAGCAGAUGGGUUACACCCUGCUGGUGAUAUGCCUCAUGUGGAUGCUGCUGCAGCUACUCUGCCUACAAGACCUGUCCCACAUCAUAAUUCAAGUAUUGAUCAGAAAGAACUUGGAGAACAAAAGGAAGAUGAAAAAUCAUGGGAGCAGCAAAUGAAAGAACGAAGGCAAAGAGAAGAACGAAGGCAGAGUGAAAGGCAAGAAGCUCUAGAAAGGGAACGAAGAGAACUGGAAAAACUGGAUCAGGAAAGGAGAAUGAUUGAAGAAUCAUUGGAGAUUGAAAUGAAAAAAGAAUUAGAAAUGACUGUUCAAGAUGUGAGAGACAAAUCUACUCAUGGAGAAAAUCCUUUAGAGAAAUAUAUGAAAAUCAUCCAGCAGGGGAAAGACCAAGAGUUAUCUGCAGAUAAGAGCUCAAAAAAGAUAACCAGAGAAUGCUCAGUAGUGGACACACUGCUAUCCAGUGACAAGGAUGAAAGUUCCACAGGCUUUUCUCAUGAAGAACCAGAUGACAUUUGGUAAUCAUGUUAGCUGCCCAGACUUCUCACAUACAACAGUGAAGUUAUGUAACCCAUCAUCCUUUCUAAAUGUUUCUCUGUAACCAGAUAAAAUUCUUAAUAAAAAUUGUAUUAAUCCA